GUUAUGUCAUCUUGACAACUCUGUCAAAGAUCUAACCUCGUUUAUUUGAGAUUCAAGUAUAUUUGAAUCCUUUACUUUUUAAAAGAAUAUGUUUAGCUGAAACUGUUUUUUGUCAAGUAUGUUAUCUAGGCGCUGCGUUUUACACACUUUUAAUUUUGUGAGGUAUAGCAGGCAUGCCGUGUCUUCUAACAAACUGUAUAAUUUCCAACCAUUAUUGGAGAACAACAGUAGAACCUGCACAGCUACUCACAACAGGCAAUAUUCCCUCCAAUCGUCAGUGGAGUCUCUCGCAAGGACCCAAACAGGACUAUUCAAAACAUUAUCCGAAAGCACUCCUGUAGAAUAUGUCCAAAAGUUCCUGCUAACAUUUCAUGAUACCACAGGCUUACCAUGGUGGGCUACAAUUGUGUGCACCACUAUCUUACUAAGGACUUCUGUGACCCUACCAUUGGCCGCGUACCAGUACUACAUAUUAGCAAAAAUAGAAAACCUAAAAGGUGAAAUGUCACUGAUAGUGGAAGAGUUGAAGAAAGAAACUAACAUGGCUGUGAAGAUGUAUCACUGGGAUGAAAAGACAGCUAGGGGUACUUAUAAUAGAUCUUUAAGAAAGCAGUGGAACAAUCUCAUAGUAAGAGAAAAUUGCCACCCCUUCAAAGCUAGUCUUCUUCUAUGGUUUCAAAUUCCAAUGUGGGUUUCCUUAUCUGUGGCUAUAAGGAAUUUAGUCUACAUGCUACCAAACGCUGAUUUGGAUGCCAAACUAACAUUCACAGAACUUACAGUUGGCGGAUUUGGAUUUAUACCAAACCUUAUUGAAGUAGAUGCUUCAUUUAUACUCCCUGUGAGUUUCGGGAUAAUAAAUUUGGCCAUAAUUGAGCUGCAACUCCUCUCCAAGACAAAUUCGCCCACCAAAAUUCAGAAGUUCUUAACAAAUGUUUUCAGAGGGUUCAGUAUCUUCAUGAUUCCUAUUGCAGCGUCUGUGCCUUCGUGCUUGGUUCUAUAUUGGACGACAUCCAGUGCUUAUGGACUGGUGCAAAACAUGCUGUUGCUUUCACCACCAGUGAGGAGGUUCUUUAGGAUACCAAAGACUGACAGUGAAUUACAAAAUCCUUACCAGCACAUUGUAAAUGGUGUAAAAACUCGGUUUUCAAUAAAUAAGUAAUUACAGAGAUAACAAGA